AUGAGACACUCACUGGGAAGUCCAAUAAAUAUAACCACAGGGUUCAGGGAAAUGACAUUUGUUAGACCAUGCACCACAGCUUCCAGCAAUUUUUCUCUCGAAGAAUUUCUUUCUACACCUGUUGAUGUAAAUCAUGUAAACGAACCAAAGAAAUUUAAUAAAAAAUCAUCAAAAAGUCGGCAUGUUAAAAUGCUUGAAAUACAACCGCGACCACAGUCAUCAUAUUGUGCAACUAUUGGUACGACAUUGAUGAUGCACCAAGCAAAAGCUUACGAUGUAAUACAUCAGCAAGAGACUGCCAAAAAGCGCAGGAAUAUGGAGAAACACUGGAAAGAAGAAGAGAAUUUUAGAAAUUGGAAGUCGCAAAAAAUGCAAAAUCGCUUAUAUGGAACUAGAAAACAAUAUGGAAACUGGAAUAAAGACAAUGGACUUAUAGAAAAAAUUGCAUUAGAACGAUACGAAUAUUAUAAGCAACAUCCUGGAAACCAACUAUUUAAUUCUUUCCCAAAUAAUAGUCCUCUUGAAGCUUCAAGGAGACUUGAUGGAUCAAUAAUUUCUAAGGUUUAA